GAUAACUCUUAGCCUUACAUGUCAUUAUAUAACAGUGUUGCUAGUAUUUGGUCACUAAAUCUUUGUUACAAUUAACCUAUUUGUAUAAAACCCACACCAAAUUCCUAGGGUCAGUCCUUGUUUUGCUGUCUAGCCAUUCUUGAACCAGAUGUCUUCUUCUUCUAUUCCAGCAAUCCCUGAUGGGUAAGUUGGACCAGAUACAUGCCUUGUUCCUGUGCUAAAGUUCACAGGCACAUUACAAAUUGAAAUAAUCCCUUUGGUAUAAAGGCCAAGCUUUGUGUACCCAGUCAGAGGCAGGCAGGACGCAGAGCUGUCAGCAAAGGAAGGGCCAGCGAGGUGGGGCAGCCGGGGGAUGACGACAGCCUGCAGGGACAGAGGCGCAGGGCAUGGACACCAUAGGACAGCCUGGGCUGCAGAGGGCACAGGGAUGGGCAGCAGCUGAAAGGCCCUGCCAGAGCCAACUGCUGCAGCACUUGGGCCAUGGCUGCUGGCCCUGGGCCUGAGGCCAGCAGGGGACAAGUGAGCCUUGCUGUGCUGGGGCCUCAUUGCCUCCUUGUCCCUGCUCAGCAGCCUGGCAGGGGCCGCCCCAUGGUCCUGCCCUUGGCAUUGCACCUCCCCAGAGCCCAGUGUCCCGGGAAGAGCCCUGAGCAAUGAGGGAGGGACAGGAUCUGCCUUGCCAGGAGCUGGGGCUCAGGCCUUGGCCCUUUCCAUUCCUGAAACACAUCCAGGUUUGCUGAGCAUCAGAGACACCUUUCCCCUGUUUGUCUUCAUCUAUCAUCAGUGCCUCCAGUGUUCUGCUCUAACUGGAACCUUGGGGCACUUUCUGAGUCCUUUCCCUCAGUGGGACCCAUUAAAACUUAAAGAAAUUUUGGCGUAUUAAUUUGAUUUUGAGUUCUUUAAAAGUUUUUUUGAAAAACACUCUUCUCAGGGAUUGAAUGUGAUUUAAAAAAUAACAAACUCCUGAGCAGCUCAUUAAAGUCAUUGUGUUGUGUCUCCUGGCACAGAGAGAGAUAAUGGCAAGCAGGAAAAGCUUCAAAAAGACAUUUCUGCUGAGGAGCAGCUCCUUUCACAGCCCAGCAGGGCUGAGGGCACUGCCUGCAGGCACUGAGGGGACAGGAGCCAGGCACAGACAAGCUAAAGGCAAUUAGGACUGGGAAGACAUUGAGCUGAGACUUCACUUGGGGAAACAUCUCCACAGCCCUGGACAUGUGCAUGAUGCCCAGAGACAGCAAAUGUCCAACAACAGCUCCUUCAGCCACUUCCUCCUGCAGCCAUUGGCAGACACACGGCAGCUGCAGCUCCUGCACUUCUGCCUCUUCCUGGGCAUCUCCCUGGCUGCCCUCCUGGGCAACGGCCUCAUCAUCAGCGCCGUAGCCUGCGGCCACCACCUGCACACCCCCAUGUUCUUCUUCCUGCUCAACCUGGCCCUCACUGACCUGGGCUGCAUCUGCACCACUGUCCCCAAAGCCAUGCACAAUUCCCUCUGGGACACCAGGACCAUCUCCUACUCAGGAUGUGCUGCUCAGCUGUUUUUCUUUCUGUUCUUCAUCUCAGCAGAGUUUUAUCUCCUGACCAUCAUGUGUUACGACCGCUACGUGUCCAUCUGCAAACCCCUGCACUACGGGACCCUCCUGGGCAGCAGAGCUUGUGCCCACAUGGCAGCAGCUGCCUGGGCCAGUGGCUUUCUCACUGCUCUGCUGCAUACGGCCAAUACAUUUUCCCUGCCCCUGUGUCAGGGCAAUGCCCUGGGCCAGUUCUUCUGUGAAAUCCCACAGAUCCUCAAGCUCUCCUGCUCCCAGUCUUACCUCAGGGAAGUUUGGCUUAUCAUGAUUAGUGUCUGUUUAUCAUUUGGCUCUUUUGUGUUCAUUGUUUUCUCCUAUGUGCAGAUCUUCAGGGUUGUGCUGAGGAUCCCCUCUGAGCAGGGACGGCACAAAGCCAUUUCCACCUGCCUCCCUCACCUGGCUGUGGUCUCUCUUUUCAUCAGCACUGAAGUGUUUGCUCACCUGAAGCCCCCCUCCAUCUCCUCCCCUUCCCUGGAUCUGGCAGUUUCAGUUCUGUACUCAGUGGUGCCUCCAGUCCUGAACCCCCUCAUCUACAGCCUGAGGAACCAGGAGCUCAAGGCUGCAGUGUGGACAAUGAUGACUGGAUGGUUUAAGAAACAGUAAACUGCUUGCCAAUUUCUGCAAAUCACUUGUAAUAAAAGUAAUCUUUGAU